AUGACUACAGGUAGUAUGCGUGAUUACAUGGAUGGGGAAGAUAUAAAACCACCAAGCGAAAGCGAACGCGAAGAGAGGAAUCUUGUCGUACUGACAUGGCGAACUAGACUGUGUUACGGAGUCGGACAUGUUUUAAACGACCUCUGUGCAAACGUUUGGUUUUCCUAUCUUCUCGUGUACAUGCAAUAUGUUGUUCGAUUAAGUCCUGUCACUGCCGGCUCCUUAUUACUCGUUGGACAGGUCGCGGACGCUUUGUCAACCCCUGUUGUAGGAAUUGAAUCUGACAGAACUGGUUAUUAUAAAUACGGUAGAAGGAAACUGUGGCAUUUGCUCGGAAUCACUUGUGUCUCGCUUAGUUUUCCAUUUAUAUUUGUCAAAUGUCUCGGUUGCGAAAACUCGUCAGAGUACGCAUUGGUGAUAUAUUAUGUGCCUUUUAUUGUCGUCUUUCAAUUCGGCUGGGCUGCCACGCAGAUUUCUCAUCUGUCUCUAAUUCCUGAACUUAGUGAGUGCAAAAUUGAGAAGGUCACCUUGAACGCCAUUAGGUAA